AAAAGAAGCAAGAAUCAGGCCACGCCUCUCACGCUAAUCCCCUGCUUUUAACUGCCCUUGACACACCACACACAGCCCUCGCUCUCACUGGAGCCUCUCACACUCUGCACCUCUCUCCAGUCUGAGAAGAGCUAGCUGCUCCUCCUGCCCCAUGGACUACAGGUACUACUGCAUGACCCUGAGGAUGAACAUCGACUGCAACGGGUGCUACCAGAGGAUCCGAAGGGCGCUCCUCCAGAUCCGAGAGCUGGAGAGCCACCUGAUCGACAAGAAGCACGGCCGGGUGAUGGUGUGCGGCGCCUUCAGCCCGCAGGACGUGGCCAUCAAGAUCAGGAAGCGGACCAACCGCCGCGUCGAGAUCCUCGACGUCAGCGAGGCCGCGCCGGCCGCCCAGGACGGCGGCCCCGGCCACAUGCCCUGAAAGAAACAGGGUGCCGUCUCCUACCCCCGCCAGCGCCACCAUUGAUAAGUGCUCAUCAUACGACUCGUACCUUCUCAGUUCCGGUAGAGUGGCAGUUCAGCUGAGCUGAAACCUUUGGCGCGAGUCCUUCUCGCAGCACCAGAAGAUGUGUGUGUACCUGGUCGAACGUGUGCGGCUCACUGGCUGCCAUAAUUUACCUUCUUGUAAGUUGUAACUUAGGAACCCUGCAUCAUUUUGUUCUGUAAGGCUUGAUGACGUAGCCAGAAAAUUUCAGUUUAGUCACAACUUAAGGUGGCCAUCACCAGCACUACUUUCAGAAUGGUUGUCGAUGGCCAUUCUAAAAUUCCACGAUAAAUCAGGAGUUUACAGGACUCGACCAGAGAGGUUAUGCUCUUCCCCGUCAACAUUUGCUUUAACCUUUGCUCGAAACAAUAAAGAUUUUCUUUAUCCAA